AUGAGCAACAAAGAUUUCUUCACAAGCGUACCAUUCUCAGGUCAACAGGGAAGAGGACACCCAACAGAUCAGGAAAAUGUCGCUUCAUUUGCUCAUGCUAUCGCAGCACGCUUCGGAUCCGCUGAUCUUCUCACCGCACGUAUUCUCCCCGACGAACAACAACAACAACAUUCCCAAAAUUUCAUCUUACCUCCUAAACCCACUCUUCCACCCUCCUCCAAACCCGUACCAUCAUCGUCGUCGUCAUCCACCUUCACACCACUCAACCCCUCCGACCUCGCACCUUACCUCGCAGACCCCUCCACUCUCAUCCUCGAUAUUCGCCCACAUGCAGCUCAUACCGCCGCCCGUAUUCACAGAGCCCUCUCCCUUAGCAUACCAAGCACUCUCAUCAAGCGCCCUCUUUUUGGUCUCUCCAAACUCAUUCAGAUGCUCCCUUCCUCAUCUGCUCGCGCAAAAUUCGCAGCAUGGCCGACCGCAAAUCACAUAUUGGUAUAUGACGCUGAUUCUGCCCUCGUUCCAGAAACAAGUAAUAUUGCUGGUCUGCUCAGAAAAUUUCGUGCAGAGGGUUACACAGGUGAACUCGCCUGGGUAAAAGGCGGGUUUCAAGCUGUUUGGCGGGAUGCACGUAACUGCGCCACAACCGACCACCCUAGUCCGGAUGAGGAUGAUCCAGAUGGCACUCCCUCCUCUGGAGCAUUGCGCACAAAGCAUCUCCCAAAAGCUGCCUUUUCGCUUUCAACGACGACAGCUUCAAAUGCAGCUUCGGGUACACCUGCAAUCGCAAAUGCUGCCAACCCUUUCUUUGAUACCAUUCGCCAGAACUUGGAACUCAGUCACGGAAUCACGGAACGUAUUCCUCUCCGUCUUCCCAGGCGUGUACGGCGACGUAUCAAAGACCUCCCAUUUCUUUGGCUUCAAGAUAUCGCUGGUCGUUCUGCCCUUCGUCCCUCCCGCUCUUCUUCAUUUCCAGGGGAAACCAGUGUAGAAAGCGGCAGCGAAAGCUCUGAUGAUCCACAUGAUUCUGAUCCAGACUCGAAUGACCCUGACGUUGAGGAAGGCGCUGAAACUCUUGCCAUGCAGUUCUACCGCAUAGAAUUGGCAGAGCAAAGGCGUCUGAGAAGCGUCAUGGAGCAUCAUGCACGGGAAAGUGAGACCCUUCCUUCCACCCCCGUGCAAGGCGCAUUUCCAUUCAGUAUUACGGCAGGCGUCGAAAAAGGAGCCAAGAAUAGGUACAACCAUAUAUGGCCCUUCGAGCAUGCGCGUGUUCGUCUUCAUGAUGUCCAUACGCCACGGGACCCCUCACCUGUAGAUGAUUACGUGAACGCGUCGUAUGUGCAGCCCUUGGGCACACGUAAACGCUACAUCGCCACGCAAGGCCCAUUACCUGCGACAUUCAUUGAUUUUUGGACUCUUGUCUGGGAACAGAACGUUCAUGUAAUUGUCAUGCUCACGCGCGAGAUUGAGAAUGCGAUGGUUAAAUGUGGGACGUACUGGGUAGAGCCAUCCUAUGGACCUCUUCAAUUACAGCUCCUCGACACCUCUCCGCCCAUUUCACCUUCUGUUCCCUCCAACAGCUCUGCUGACAUUGGAUUCUUCAUGUCCCCGCGCGAGCGUGAUAAAAGCUCGAAGCAGCCAAGUAUAGUCGUGAGGACCUUUGUGCUCAGCCAUCGCGGUUACCCAGCCAUUCCGCCUAGAAAAGUGACGCAUCUGCAAUAUCUGGAUUGGCCCGACAUGAAUGUACCUGACGAUCCUCGCGGCGUGCUAGAGCUCGUGAAGCGCGUCGAGCGAGCUGUCCAAGAAAGCACUCCAGGUCCAUCCCCCACUGAUGCUAGGAAAAAGCACGGACGCAAGGGAUGGCGGCAUCCUGACCUGGACUCGAAGACGGGCAUUGCUGCGUUUGCGCUUGGUUCCCCCCCGCCUGUGCUGUUACAUUGCUCGGCGGGUGUGGGCAGGACGGGCGGGUUUAUUGCUAUAGAUGCUGUAUUAGAUGCGAUUAAGAGGGAGUUGAUGCAGAGGAGAGAAACCAGGGCUCGGGCUCAGGCUCGUGCGAGCGUUGUUGUUGGCGCUGAUAGGCAGGGGAGUGAGAGUGUGGUUUUGGAGAAGAAUCCGAAAGGGGAGAAGAUUGUCGGGACUGUCCCUCUCGUUAUGGGCGACCGCAAGAAAUCUCGUCGUCAUCACCCACAUAAAAGUACAGUCAAAGAAGGCGAAACGAGCUCUUCAGAGUCGCUUGUGGUGCACGUGCCUUUUACAGAAGAGACUGCGGGUUUAGAUACGAGAUGGCAGAACAUGAGCUCAUCGACGAGGGAGUGGGCUGAGCAAGUGUUGGACCACACGCGUCCUGGCGAGGAAGAACAGGAGGCGGGUGGCAGUGGCAUUGGUGUGGACGUUAAGGCCGGAAGCGGACGGUCUGGCUCUGGCUCUGGAAGCAGUGGCAGGAGCAGCGUCUCGGGAAGUGGUAGCGGUGGGGCCUUCCCACCCUCCUCAUGCGUCUCCAUUUCUGUCUCUCACUCCGGGUCUCCAUCAAAUUCAGGUGUCGACUCGAUCUCCGCUUGCAACUCGGGCUCUGGCACGAAUACAUCCAACUCUGGAUUUUGGAGUAGCACUGGCGGAGACUCAGGAUUAGCGGGCUUCAUGCGCGCUCGUCUGAGAGAUAGCUCAGCGACCUCGCUUUCGAACAUGAGUUCUGAUUUUUCGAGCGAAAAACUUCCAAGGUCACUGGCCCAGCCAUCGGCAGUACGUAUCAGCCCCGAAGAGGAAGAUGCCAUGGACGUUGAUAGGCCUCCGCGUUCUUCAUCUGCACCGCUGCAGCCAGCGAAGAGUGAUUUGGACCAACGUACGGCGGGUCACACUGUGAUCGACUAUAAGCUUCCACGACAGCUGCAUCAGGAUCUGUCACCUGCACCAUUGAUGUCCCAUACCAACCCCAUCUGGACGGUCGUGCAAGACAUGCGCGAGCAGAGGAUGAGUCUUUGCCAGAGCUUGCGACAAUAUGUAUUCGUGCACGCAGCGGUUAUCGAGGGUGCCCUUAUGAUCAUGGAUGAGGAGAGAACGCCCUCCAAGAAUUCCGGUAACGUCGAGAUCCCUAGCGUAGGACGCAUUCAAUGUUCCCAGGAUCGGACGCGCUCGUUCCCUGCGGGCAUGCAAAGCUCAGCUAGCAGCAGUCAAGUGCACCAUACGUCGUCGCCGUCAAAGUGGAAACGCGGUCCCAGCCCCACCGAACUACUUAGGGAAGACAAAUCUUUUGCGAAACGCCCCAGUAUCAAACGCAGGACACUUAGCGACGAAAGAAUUCUUCCCGUUUUCGAGUUAGCCACCGGCGCCCCACAAGUCUUGCCAAGUGGAACUGGUGGAGUGUCGAAAGUCGAAAGUGGGAACACAGAUAUGGGACCCAUGACACCGGAGUGGAGCACCGCCGCGAAGUAG